AUGUCGGCAGAGGCACGCGACGCAGCCAUCCGAGAAGCAAAACGGCACGUCGUCGAAGUCGUCCGAAACGACUGGGCAUUUGAGCCCUCUUCGUCCACAUCUGGCGCGCCCCCAUCAGCCACGCCCGCAGCCCCCGAGCAACAAUGGCUCGAAUGGCGACUCCGCGAAUACGACAGCUCCGGGUCCGAAUUAGAGCCGCAGGAUGAGCCAGACAGCCCUGGAGACCUCGACGGUGGCUCCUCCGAUUCGUCGCGGGUAGUGACCGCGCGGGAGCGUCGGCGCAAGCGGCGCAGACGGCUGGAGGAGGACGAGAUGCGGUGGAACACCGGAUUGCGGACGUGGGUUGAGAGGCGGGAUGCGUGGACGGGGGCGCGAUCGAAGGAGGAGGUUUGGGCGACGGAGGGGCGAGAGCGAGGCCCUGCCGUGCAUCCUCCGGGGGAGUCGCGGGCUAUGAGUGCUGAGCGGGAGGAGACCUCUGAUCUUGCUGCGCGGACGGGGACGUCGCUUGCGAUCGCUGAGAAGGAAGGGGCUGAUGCCGAGCCGCAACAGGCGCAGACAGAGUCGACACCGGCAGAUCAAGCUCUGAAUGAAAGGGCCAAGGAAUCGACGGAGACGGGUUUGGCCGUGCCAGGCCCAGAACCCUCGCAUGAAGAGUCUGUGUCUCCUACACCUCCUCCUCCGGCCGGCGAAGUCCGCGACCCCCUCAUACCUGUCGCCCCGUCCUUCAUCCCUGUAAGCAACCCCGUCCGCGCUUCAAUCACGCCUGCCAUGUACCCGUCCAUCUACUCCAAGGUGGUGGUGCAGGCGCUGACCCCCACGGUGCCCAUCAACCUAGCCGAUGUCGUCAAGGCCAUGGUGCAAGGAUGGAAAUCGGACGGCCAGUGGCCCCCCAAACCGACCUCUAUCGUCCUCCCGGAUGACUCCAUCGUGCGUAAGAACGGCAGCGCCGCAGGCGACACACAAGCACCGCCCGAGUCCAAGAGGCGAUCGAGCGUCGUCGGCGCUGUGAAGAAGGUUUUCCAUUUCUCCGGCUUCCACUCGAACCCGUUCCAUCGCCGCGGCUCGAGUCAUGGCGGUCACCCCGAGGCGCACGACGGGCACCCGAGGGACGGGGAGCCCGCAGCGUCUAGUCCUCCGGGUGCUGGGCAUCCGAGUAGAUGA